CUGUGUUGUGUUGGUUAAACUGAGUAGAGUUGAGUUGUUGUUAACCUAACUUAUAUUAGUAACAGUAUCUUUUGUGAAAAGCUAAAGCACAUGGUUUUAUAUCUGUAAUAUUUGUCGUUAAAAAGUAGUUUUUCUUGUUUUAAACCUUAAAGAUUAGCUUAGAAGUUUGAUAAAAUUGUUUAUUGUUCUCUUAAUUCAUCGAAAUGGCUGCAAUUACAAUGUUAAAUCCUAAAGCGGAGUUUGCCCGUGCAGCUCAGGCCCUAGCUGUCAAUAUUUCUGCUGCUAAGGGGAUCCAAGAUGUCAUGAAAUCUAAUUUGGGGCCCAAAGGUACGAUGAAAAUGCUUGUCUCAGGGAGUGGUGACAUUAAGAUAACUAAAGAUGGUAAUAUUUUAUUACAUGAAAUGCAAAUUCAACACCCAACGGCAUCGCUAAUAGCAAGAGCUUCCACUGCAAUGGAUGAUAUGACUGGAGAUGGAACUACUUCAACAGUUUUGAUAAUUGGUGAGUUACUUAAACAAGCUGAUCUUUAUAUUGCUGAAGGACUCCACCCACGUAUCAUUGUUGAUGGAUUUGAGAAAGCACGCACUAAGGCUUUGGAAGUCCUUGAUAAAAUGAAAAUUCCCAUUGAAGUGAAAAGAGAAAACCUCCUUGAUUUAACUCGAACAUGUUUGCGCACAAAGCUUCAACCACAGAUAGCUGAUGUAUUAACUGAUAUCUGUGUCGAUGCAGUCCUCGCUAUUCAGAAGAAAGAUACUGAGCUUGACCUUCACAUGGUAGAAAUAAUGGAAAUGCAGCACAAGACAGCAAGUGAGACCAGCCUAAUUCGAGGACUCGUGAUGGACCAUGGUUCAAGACAUCCUGAUAUGCCAAAGCAGGUGAAGAAUGCCUAUAUAUUGGUCUGUAAUGUUAGCAUGGAGUACGAGAAGAGUGAAGUGAAUUCAGGAUUCUUCUACAAGACAGCUGAAGAACGUGAAAAAAUGCUGUUAGCUGAAAGAGACUUCAUUCUUCAAAGAGUUGAAAAAGUAAUAGCCAUCAAGAAGAAACUAUGUGACAACACUGACAAGUCGUUUGUUGUGAUCAAUCAACAAGGCAUUGAUCCUCUCUCCUUAGAUAUGAUGGCUAAGGAAGGCAUCCUAGCAUUACGUCGAGCCAAAAGGAGAAACAUGGAACGUCUUACUCUUGCCUGUGGUGGCAUGGCUUUGAACUGUCUCGAUGACAUACAAGAGGAACACCUUGGUUAUGCAGGUUUGGUUUAUGAACAUAUCCUGGGAGAAAACAAAUACACAUUUGUAGAAGAAUGCAAGAACCCACAGAGUGUCACAAUUUUGAUCAAAGGACCCAACAAAUACACGUUGAAUCAAAUCAAAGAUGCUGUCAGAGAUGGACUUAGAGCCAUAAAGAAUGCUAUUGAUGAUAAGAGUCUUGUCCCAGGUGCCGGUGCUUUUGAGGUUGCAGUAUCUCAAGAAUUGAUUGCAUUCAAAGAUUCUGUCAAAGGCAAAACAAGACUUGGGGUUCAAGCGUUUGCUGAAGCUCUUCUUGUCAUUCCUAAAGUACUUGCAAUCAACAGCGGUUUUGAUGUCCAAGACACAAUCGUCAAACUUCAAGAAGAGUACAAGAGCUCAGGAGGUCCUGUUGGUCUUGACAUCAACUCCGGAGAGCCACUGAAUCCUACUGAUGCAGGAAUCUAUGACAACUUGGGAGUAAAACGGCAGUACAUCAACUCAUGCACGGUGAUAGCAAGCAACUUGCUUCUUGUUGACGAAAUCAUGCGAGCUGGACUCUCUUCUCUCAAAGGCUAAUUGAUUUUGGUAUGCUUUAUGUAGAUUCUGAUAAGUUAAUUGUAACUUAAUUGUCAUUUCUCACAUCUUACCGGUACUACUAAUUUCAUGGUAAAACUGCAUUAAAUUAUUUCUUUUUCUUAUUACCUAAUACAUUUUGUUGCUUGUUUCAAACUUCGGAUUUUUAGAUUAAUUAAUCACACAACAUUCUUUUUAUAACAACUUGUUCUUGCACCUCUAAUUUUAUAAUGUAAUUAUUUAAUUUUAUAAUAUAUUUUUUCCCAAGAGAAUUUCCAAUUUUGUUCUAAUAAAAGUAUUAUUUCUUACUAAAA